UGGUAGGGUGGCCAAAAUUUCCCAACAAAAACAGCAAACAGGUCCUCAGCUUACGAGUGGCUUUCCUCUUCUCCCCUGCCCUCCUCUUCUCCCGCUCUCUCGCGUCUCUUGUGGGCAGGCCAGGUCAGUGGUCAGGUGCCCGGGCGUUCGUCAGUUCCUUCGCCGGCGACGAGCAUCCACUACGACGAUGGUGGGUCUCUCUGAAGGGGAGAAGCACUUCAUCUGCGGCGGCAUUGCGCAGGACCUCCGCACUGAUGGACGUAGGCGACUGCAGUUCCGGGCCCUCUCCGUCCAAACCGGAGUCAUCCCACAGGCGAAUGGCUCAGCGCGUGUUAGAUUGGGGGCCACUGAAAUAAUCGCUAGUGUCAAGGCUGAACUUGGAAAACCAAGCAUUCUUCACCCUGACAAAGGAAAAGUUUCCAUUUUUGUUGACUGUAGUCCAACCGCUGAGCCUAUGUUCGAGGGUAGAGGUUCUGAAGAAUUGUCUGCUGAGCUCUCUGUUUCCCUGCAAAGAUGCUUGCUGGGUGGUAAAAGUGGUGCUGGUGCUGCAAUUGAUCUGUCGUCCCUAAUUGUUGUUGAGGGAAAGGUCUGCUGGGAUCUGUACAUUGAUGGGCUUGUGGUCAGUUCUGAUGGUAAUUUGCUAGAUGCGCUAGCUGCUGCAAUAAAGGUUGCUUUGAGUGAUACAGGUAUACCAAAAGUUAAUGUUUCUGUUAAUGCUGCAUCUGACGAGGAGCCUGAAGUUGAUGUAAGCGACGAGGAAUUUCUGCAGUUUGACACCUCCAGUGUGCCUGUUAUUAUUACAUUAACCAAGGUGGGCCGGCACUACAUCGUUGACGCUACCUCAGAGGAAGAAUCCCAGAUGAGUUCUGCAGUGUCAGUAUCAGUUAACAGGAAUGGCCAAAUAUGUGGGCUUACCAAGAGGGGAGGUGCAGGGCUGGACCCAAGCGUCAUCUUCGAUAUGAUAUCUGUCGCCAAGCAUGUGAGCCAGCAGUUCAUCUCUCUCUUGGAUUCAGAGAUUGCCGCCGCUGAAGCUGAAGAGGCUGAGUGAUGAAAGGAAAGAGGACCGGGGAAGAGGGUUUAUCGUUGCGCAAAUGCUCGUGUGUUCAACUUCAGCCUUGAGAGCUGCUUAGAAGAGAAGACGAUUUACUGUAGAAAUGUUCAGGAAUUUGGUUCAAUUUUUAUGCUGUUAGUAAACACUGAAGAUUUGGAUCCUGGCAAAUAGGUUCACGAACAGUGUCGUGUUGGCUUUUAUUGGGCUCAGAGGAACAUGCACAAGGCUGGAUCUUGGGUCUGAUGAUCUGAUCCCCUUGUGUCCCCAGUCUGAUGAUGAA